UAAAUACAGCCUUAAUUGAAACUGUUUUGAGGAUAGUUGCAAUUUAAAUUUUUUAAAGUUUUUGUUGCCAUAGCAGUGUUAAAUUUGAAGAAAAGCUUGGAUUUGGAGCACAGACUCUGUAUACAGUCUGAUCUGCAAGCUGUAAACCUGCUGGCUGCAACUAGCUAGUCCACCUUAAGAGGAGUGGGCGGGCUCAAGCUCAUCGACCAAUCAGCGACCUUCUUCACAUUUAAAUAGCUCAGAGUGUCAAUCAUUUUUUUCCUCAACCCCCCUCCUCUGUAGUGGAGCUCCACUCUCAAUCCCGACUACAUCUCUCAAUCGCCAUAUUGGGUACUGAGCAGGUUUGUGUCCGCAGCUCUCCUCUCCUCUCUCACUACGGGACCAGACUGACUGACAGAGCGGCUUCACUUCACCGGGACGCUGCGUGUUGAUGCUCCGUGGAGACUCCACCGGGCUCCAGCCGUUACCGUCUCCGCCACCGCCACCGUUACCGUCUCCAACCGACGUCUGAAUGGCAUAACGUCCUCUUUAACGGUUGUUGUGGAUCUUUGCGCAGCGCGAGAGGAGAUAGCCGUUGGUUCUGAGCGGUUGGAGAACUGGAACGCUCCAACGGCUGCUUGAAUUCAAAAUCUUUUCUUGUUUUUUUUCCGGCGGUUGGUAAAAAAAUGUCCGAUGUUCGCCUCUCCAACGGCAGCCCGACGCUGGAGCGCACCGACUCCUCCCGGCUGGCGGAUCACCCGAAACCGUCCGCCUGCCGGAGCCUCUUCGGCUCGGUGGACCACGAAGAGUUAAAGAGGGAUUUAAAGGGACAUCUGCGGGAGAUGGAGGACGCCGCCUCGGCCAAGUGGGGCUUCGACUUCGCCGCUCACUCUCCGCUGCCCAACGGCCACCGGCUCCACUGGGAACCGGUGGACUGCAGGGACGUGCCCGGCUUCUACAGCAGGCAGCCGGGCAGGAGGAGAGAGAAGAAGGGCGUCUGCUCCGCCGGGAAUAACAAGGUGGAUCUAAACGGGAAUCAUAGCUGUGUUGUGGAGGACACCGACCGGGCUGACGGGCUGCAGAUGGAGUGCACGGAGCAGUGCACCGGGCUGAGGAAAAGACCUGCAAGCCACGACCCCUCGGCCCAGAAUAAGAGGUCACACACCAGCUCAGAUGAGGUCACUUGUCCAAACCUGAGCCUCUCCACAGAACACACACCCAGAAAGACCAGUCCCAAGAGGCAAACGUGAGGACGAUACAACGAGCCGAAGAUGUAUUUCCCCUUUUACGUGGGAAACCUCAGUGUUGGCCGAUUUUUAUUUUUUUUUCUUGGAAGAGGAACUACACAGCAUCAGAAACAUAUCAGCUCUCCUGAAGACGGGGGAGGACGCUGUUGAAGCACUGAAUAGAAACACUAAAGUUGUGGCACUCAAUUAAAAAAGUUACUGCCUCGAAAAGCAGUCAAUGUAGCAGUGUGCAAUUAGGUUUGAUUUCCUUUUUUGCUCCUUUUUUUUACUACCUGUGUGUAAAUAAAUAUACAUAUUAUAUUAUAUUUCUCUCCAUAUGUAGCACAUAAGAAAAACAUUAUGAUUUGAACACAAAUCCUUUAUGUAAAAAGGUGUGAAUUUUUUGAUUUGACUUGAAGAAUUGCAGUGUAGUUUGAUGCAUGUUUCCAAAAUGCUGUUCUGUUUUUUUUUAAUUUUAUUUUCUGAAAAGCAGUGUGACUUUGACACGGUCCCUAAUUGCUACAUUUAAAACAAAAAAAUCAUGGUUUCUUACAGUUUCUUAACAGUGUAUCUUCACUCCGUCAUCUUCCUAACCCAGCAGUGAAGAACGGUACAAAUGUAGCUCAUCUGUUGUUUUUAUUUUUCCUUCCUCUGGUCAGUGUCACCAAGUGCAGGUUCUCCUAUUAGAUCCAUUUCCCCAGGAAAUCAAUACAGGACAGUUAGGACUUCCUUUACAUCACCCGGUAUUUAUUUUGUGAUCGGUGCUUUUUUUUUUUUUUAGCAUCAAUUGAAUCCUGGAAUAUGAUCUAUUUUUUAUUUCUCAAGUUCUCCUGCACACCUCAGCCACAUUGUAGUGGUGUGUUUGAUUUGGAGUUGUGAGGUACUCAGAUAUUGAAGGACAAAGACCAUACAAACUGCACAGGUUGUGUUGUAAACUCAUCCUCUCCUUGACUAUAUUCCUUUUUGUUUCAUCAGCCUUAAUGCUCUUCAGAGAGGAGUUUUUUUCUGAAAAAGGGGUUGAAUGUCCUACAAUACCAAAUACAUGGUUGCUUCAGUACGGUUGCCAGCACCGCCUGUGCUCCUUAAUUGACUUCACAUUAUUUUGUGUGAAAACCUAGACUUAAAUUUCCAUUUAUGUUUGUACUUGUCACACCAAUGUUGUUUAGCCUGCUGAGGAUGCAAAUGUGAGCAUCUAAAAGCUUCCCUUUAUUUGCCUAAAAGUGUGGGUUAUAUUCAAAGAGACCAGUGUACACCUGGAUCGAGUAGAGAGCAUGCUCGUCUCAGAAAAAAUGCAGUCACCAUGCCUGUGUAUUUGUGUAAAUCUUUGCAAUGUACCUAUGUACAUAAUUUUGUAAAAACACUGAGAAAUUAUACUAACUUAUUUAUGUCAAGCUUUUUUUAUGUAGAAUAAAAAAAUGGGUUUUUUGAUUACGGUUAUCCAAAGUGGCAUUUACUUUAUUAUAAUUGUCUUAUUUUGUAAAAGCAUAUUUUUGGUAGUUUUUUUUUUCUUAUCAAUAAGGUUGCAAACUGAGCCUGAUAAAAUAUUUGAUGUGCAUUUUGUAAUGUGUGGUUAUAAAAUGUGUUGCAAUCAAUUAAAAGAGAAAAUUAAAUCGA